CACCUACCCACCAUACAGAAUCAAUUUCCUAUUCCUAUGUAAGAAGGAAUCCAACAAAUGGCACCCCUCCCCUGUCCUUCGGGACCUGGACUGGACUUCUCUCAGGCAACAAGGACUUAUCGAAUAUCUUUGGUCGGGGCCGAAUCCUACAAAUCCUCAUAAUGCCAUGCGGCCAUCAUUAAUGGCAGUGUUAACACCAUCUAUCAUACAGCCGGUGUUUCAGAAUAUACUUGCCGUGUUUCAGGACUUUUACUCCUCACGCCGUCACUUGAGCAGCUUUGAGUCAAUAUAGGACUGCUACCAACUGAUACUAUCCUUUCUGGCUUACCACCACCUUACCGAGGUUCCGCAACACCUCGACACCGCGAACUAGCACAGUUCAUGAAUUAACAGCAUCUCCAGCCGCAGUCAUGACCAUGCUUCUUACAGAACCUUAUCGAAUUAUCUCCGUCGACCCCCUGACCGUAAAGACGACUUUCACGUUCCCCAGCCAUUUUCAUGGACAUCGAUACCCACAGAAAGGCUUCACCUGCUCCUUGGGAUGGACCUUCUUCGUCCGCUCUUCCGAAACCGCGGGUGACCGACGAGAAAUUAAAGUGGAUAUUGGUUAUAUCACACCAGACAGUGCCGACUUCCAAGGCUAUGUGCUGUCCAUUUCCGGACGAAUGGCAGUAUCGCCAACGCACGCAUACUGCCUGGGACCUACGACGGUGGCUACGCCUCGACCCAAGAUGUUCGUUGCCGCCAGAAUCGAUCCUAGAAAAAUGCUCGUCAGACCGGAUGCCAAUUUGGUGUUCGAGUUUACUGUCUCUUUCCUUCGAGCCUCUGUGGCUUCUCCCACUGCCCGUGCAGUAUCUCCGGCAAAGGCAUCGAACGUGUUUCACGACGCCAUUACAUCCGGGGAUCUUUUUGACGUCACCUUCUACUUGUACAGUCGACGGUUAUAUGGUGGAAGAGUCGGCAAACGAAGAGCCCUUUUUGGGAGCAAACGGGCCUUGCUGAAUGUUACUGAUAGUCUUGAUCGUCUCGUCGCCAACUUGGCUGUAGUCAUAAUUGAAAAUACCGUCGACGAGACCGACAAUGCUUUUCCCCUUGACGAAGUCACGGAGGAAUAUGGCUACGGCGAUGACAGUGACCUGGAUGAUGAGCUGGAGCAAGGUGACGGGUGCUCCAUGGAACAUCCCGACUCGGACUCGCCACGACCUCGUAGAAUGGGACACGCUUGCGUUUUGAGUCAUGUUUCAUAUAGAACAUGGAAAUGCCUACUUCUUUAUCUGUAUACGGGCCGUCUGUGCUUCUCGAUCCUGAACAGCGCCCGCGAAACCCGGAAACAUGAAUCUGAUGACUUCCCUACCUGCUCACCCAAAUCUAUGUACCGACUAGCUAAUAUGAUUAAUUACGAACGAUUAAAGCAACUUUCUCUCGCAAACCUUCGAUCCCAGAUAUCUGUCAGGAACGUCUACGAAGAAGUGUUCUCUGAUUUUACUUCGCAGUUUCCAGAUGUGUUCGAAAUGGAACGACAGAUCAUCCAUACAUUAUGGUUCGAUCCCAUGGCACAUGAAACGAUACAAGAGCAGUUCGCGAAGGGCGAACUCCAUCGUGGACAUCCUGCCUUUAAGAUCAUAAUAGAUGGAAUCGGACAGAACCUUGUUGGAUGCCCUUCUCCUCCAGGUCCUUCGUCGCCUGAGAACCGACCUGUUGAAUGGGAUGCCCGUUCCUUGUAUAAAGAGUAUCAGUCACCAGUAAUCUCGAGUAAUUCUAGACCUGCUUGGAGGAGAAGUAUUUAGGUAUUUCUUUUCUAUUUGAUUUUAU